UCCGUACCAACAGCGCAGGCGCGGUCAUGCCCGAGUCCAGCACAGGUGGGAGGGACGGUCGGCCCUCUGCGCACGCGCAUCGCCUCCAUGCGUUCCCCCCCGUGCCGUGACGUCACGGCGUCACCUGCCCAACCUCGACGUGUUGCCCGGAAGUGUCCGUGCGGACAAUGCAGCCGGUGGAGAAACGUUCCGGGGCAGGUUUAGUUCCGGAACGCUCCUCCGCGUGAGCCGCCGCGGCCGCCGGCUGGGCUGCCACAAUGAUCCCGAUCCCAGUGGUGGUGUGCGUGCUGGGGGGCUGGUGCGCCAUCUACCUGGCGGAUACGCUGCUCAAGUCUUCCAGCUCUUUGAAGGCAUCUUAUGAAGACUGGUUGGUGAACUAUGGCUUGAGUGUCUCUCCUUUUCACAUGCGAUGGCAAACAGCACUCUUCAACCGACAGUUCUACAACUGGGGGAGGUGGAAACCCAGAUUUCUGUAUUUAUGGUUCAACAUGGGAAUGGUGUUUGGUAUAGUUGCUAUGUUUGGCUCUGUGAUUCUUCUUGGAAAAACACUGGUGCAAACACUGACACAGAUGCUGACUGAGGCACCAACAGCCCAGAAUGAUCGCAUGCUGCAAGUUGUGGUGCCUGGUGUAAAUUUGCCUGUCAGCCAGCUGACCUAUUUCUUCUCUGCAAUCCUCAUCAGUGGUGUGAUACAUGAAGUCGGCCAUGGGGUGGCAGCUAUUCGAGAACAAGUACGAUUUAAUGGAUUUGGGAUUUUUAUCUUCAUUGUCUAUCCUGGAGCAUUUGUUGACCUCUUCACAACCCACUUGCAACUAAUAUCACCAGUCCAGCAAUUAAGAAUAUUUUGUGCAGGAGUGUGGCAUAAUUUUGUUCUUGGUGUUGCGAGUUUCAUGGUUUUAUUUCUGCUGCCAGCCAUUCUUUUCCCUUUCUAUUACACGGGUGUUGGGGCACUUGUUACUGAAGUAACAGAGGAUUCUCCUGCCAAUGGUCCAAGAGGUCUUUUUGUGGGAGAUAUUGUCACAAGCCUACAAGACUGCCCAAUUUAUGGUGUAGAAGACUGGAAUUCCUGUCUGGGAGACUUUUCACAGAAAUCACAGAUUGGCUACUGUAUAAAUACUGCCACACUACAGCAACUAAGCUUUCCAGCGAGAGUCUAUAGGAGACUCGAUGGCACAGUUGAAUGUUGUAGUAACAAUAGCCUCACAGACAUUUGCUUUUCAUACAACACUAACUUGGACAGCCAUCGGUAUGCCUGUCUGCCAGCACGAAAAGUUAUCGAGGCCAGCAAAGUUUGUCGAACCAACGCAGACUGCCAGAAGGACUUUGUUCCAAGCUUUUGUGUGACUCCUUCUUUAGAGAAUCAAACAAGGCUAAUCAGGGUAAAACAUCCACCCCAUAUGGACAUGCUGUUUGUAGGACACCCCAUGCACCUUCAGUACACAGUAAGUCUCAGCAGUUUUGUACCACGACAUAACUUUCUAAGCAUCGAUCUGCCUGUGGUGAUAGAGACAUUUUGCAAAUACCUAAUUUCACUGUCAGGAGCACUGGCAGUUAUCAAUGCUGUACCCUGCUUUGCUUUGGAUGGUCAGUGGAUAUUAAAUUCUUUCCUGGAAGCCACUCUGAGCUCCUUGAUUGUAGAAAAACAAAAUAGAGAGCUUGUUGGCUUUUUAAUUUUGCUUGCUGGGAGUACACUUUUGGCUGCCAAUGUUGCACUGGGACUUUGGAUGGUUACAGCACGGUAGGACAUCGGAUACCCAUCAGUUCUUAUAUUACAUGGACAUAAUGAAUCCAUUGCCUUUUAAAACUUGUUCAGUACUCAGAUUGAAAUAACUCCCUUAAAAUGACACUGAAAGAACAAUCACUAGAGGAUCCUAUUGUAACUUAAAUCUGUACAGUGUUGUGUCUGUGGUCUUGGAAAGAAUAAUAGAAAGAAGCAAGCACCUUUUAAUGUACUCUUCAAGCACUGUAUUCAUUUUAGGGAGGUUCCAUUGUAACGCUUCACAGGAAAAAUCCUGAUUUAUUUACUUAAAUCUCAGAAUAAGAACAUUUUUUGACCUCAAACAUUUGUAAAGUGGAAAGAAAAAACACUUAGAUCUUAUUUUAUAAUUUGAAUAAUGUCAAAAAAAAAAAAAAGAAGUGUGGGCUCUGAUCAUUUUUCAGUCAGCUUUAUCUUGAGUGACUGUUUUGCUUUUUAAUCUGGUGUUCUACCAAACAGGACUCUCAGAAGCUCUGAAGUCUUCAUCUCAAAAUGGUGUAAAACUAAGUGAAUAAUUACCAUGUUUUAGAGAGGCUGUAUGGGCUAGUAUCUUUCCUUUGCAGCUGGCAAAAAUGGCUGGAAGCAUGUUGUCCUCAGGAUGUAGAUGGAAAGUGCCAGUGUCUGUUGAGAAUGAGGUAUGUGGGAGGGUAAUGAAGCCCACGUGUCUGUGUUUCUUAUGCAUUCAGUUGCACAUUACUAUGCACAGCUGAAGAUUUUUUUAAAGGCAAUAUUUGUCAACAAUAGCUAGACAAUAACUGAAACUUGGUUUUUCAAUGCUAUAGAGCGCUGUGCAAAAUUAUUGCUGAGUGAUAAUAUUUGUCCUUUUUCUCAGAAAAUAAUACUGCAUACAGUUAAAAGUGAAAUCUGUUGUUUUUAUAGUGGCCGUCUUCUGAUGCUGUGCAUGCUGUAUGCCUGGUAACUCUGUCACAUUUCUCUGUCUUUCAAAGGGUUGCUUUCCUUUGCUGUAAUUGAAGCGUGGUUGAAGCUGUUCUGGGAUCAGAAUUGUUUAGAGGAAGAACAUGAUUCUGAAUCGAAGUAUUCUAACAUUUGGUUUUGCUUUCUGAAGUUAACAGGGACCAUAUAUUUGUUUUUAAAUGAGCAGUGGAAGAGCAAGCUGUUUUGCUGACUUGAGUAUGUCUGACGUACUCUGAAGCCCUUUAAGUCUGUAAUGCUUGGUACUUCAAUAGGAUUGUACGCUGACCAUCAUGUCCUCCUAUUUUAUAUAAACCAGAUUCGUUGAGAUGCUUGUCUCAAUGCAGGCUGAUAUUUCAAAUAACAUUGCUCUGCUUUGGAAGCUUACAUAUUUUGAAAUAUGGAAGUUUUGGAAAAUACUCUGCAGCUUCUAUCCCAUAUAGUGCUCCCAAUAGGAGCUUCUGCAGCUCAGAGUUCUUUUAAUGAGAUGGCCUUUCCAUUCAUGAACGUAAGUGAAAGCUAAGCUAAUGGGUACUGGCCUGCAAGGAGUUGUGAAGCACUCAUGAUCAACUAACGCAGAUUCUCUUGGUGCUGGAGCUUAAGGGGUAAUUUUAACAGCAAGGCUGAACCCUAUUGCUGGUGCUGCUGCAUGGAUUCAUCGCUGAUUUUGACGUUUGCCUACUGAUGCAUUAUGGUAUUUUUGCACAGUAGCCUUCACACUUAUUAAGACGUAUUCUUAGGAUGAUGCGUUCAAUAAUGAGAGAAUGUAUUUGUUUAUUUGUUGUUGUGUUAGUUUACAUCUCUCUAGUGCUGUCAUAAGCUGGGCCUCCUGAGUUCACCUCUGUGGGGUCGCAGACCCGUGCCUCUGAUUUUCAGUUGUUUCAACCUAGGCGUCAGAGUAAAUCCUUCAGCCAAUUCAGCAUGAGUUGGACCUCCUGGGGACUAUCAGAAGUCACAAAGUGCAAGAAAGGAAAACAGAACUAUCAGAAGCUGCCAGCUGGUUUCUUCAGGAGUCACCUGGAAAAGCCUAGCUCAUUGUCACUUUCAGUAACUUGCAGAAGAUUCAGAGUAGCAGUUUCUGGUGUGCCAUUCUUCCCUCUCUCCAUGAACAGCAGUGACAUGAGCAGCCUGGUUCUUACACAGAGCCUGGCUCUGAAGUGAUGCGCUAGAAGACUGUUCGUUCACUUAAGUAGCUGAUUACUAAUCUGAGUUCUUCUUUCCAAGCACCAUGUCAGUUUCCACUGUCUCUGUGUCUUGUCCAAUCAACAGUACACAAAAUUAAUUUGCAAUGUAAUAAGACAGGAUAUUAACUUUUUUGAAAAGUUACUGUUUAUGCAUCAGUGUUGCAGUGCUGUCUUAAUUUCUAGAGGAAUAACAAAUGCAUCUGUGGUGAUUUCAAAAAUAUCCGGUGAGAAACAGUUCAAGUUUAACAGUCUAUAUAUUCAUGUUGACUCCGGCUGCUUAGGAUGAUCUGUUUAGCAUAGUAACUCUUUCUGGAAAUGGAAGAGAAGUUGUUUUUAAAUAAUGUAUACAUUGCAUCUACUAUAUGGAAGCUAGCAGAUUGUUCCUAGUUAUCUAAUGUGCCACCAAAACAUGAGGUUUUACCAAACAAUAAAUCCUAUUGAUUUCACUUUACGUGAUCACUGGAAACCAAACUUGCACUAAGUAGAAUUUCCAUCUGUUUGACCUCAUAAUCAAAAUGAGGGUAGAGAGGACAUGUUGGUCAUGGCUUUACCAAAAGAGACAAGCUAGUACACUGUAAAGACCCUGGAUAACCUCUGUGGGAGAGGUAAGUGCUGUAAGAGUUUAAAAAUAAUUCAUGGGUCCAUUUCUUCAUGUUCUGGAAUUCUACUGAAUAGGGUUCAAUUUAGGUAGGUGUAGGUACUUUGAAUCAAGGUUUUACGCAAACUGGGAUCACUUCGGUGACCCAGCAUAUACCUUGGAUUAACUGUGGAAAAAGGUAAUAGCUAAGGUGGACCACUCUCUGAAGAAAAAGUUGUUUAGUGGACCCAUUUUAUUGUCCUAUAAUCCUAAUGCAUGGAUUGCAUUCUGAAAAGCAAGUGGCAUUUUUUACUUACGUACAGUUAUUGAGGUGGUUGGUUUUAUUUUGCUUUUCCUGUUUUGUUUGCUUGUUUAGCAAGGGAGAACACAGAAGGACACAGAAGGUUUUAUGUGAUCCCUUUUUACUCUGGGUGAUUUGCAAUGUUUCUUCUAUUUUUGUAAAAAUUAAAAAGAAAUUUUUCUUUAAAAUGAAAUCUUCCUCAUUAUUAUUAGCCUCCCAGAAUAGAACUUAUUCUUUAAUAAAGAAUAUAUCAAUAUCAUUAUGGGGGUUAUUUUCUCAAGUGUAAAGCAGAACACUCUUAAUGAUUGGAUGGAUACUACUAUUUAUGUAUAUACUAUUCUUUUUAAAUCUGUAUCAGAUGGAAAAAGUAAUGUCAACAUUGGGAAGUGUUGUACGUAGCUUUUACUUGAAAAUUGUCAGAAUUCUGUAAUUGUAAUCAAUUAUUGUUCUGAUUUGUUUUUUUAAGGAGACUUUUUUUAAUAUCAGCAAAGACUUCCACAGCAUGGUCCGAUAAUGCAUGGUGUGACAUGAUAAAGGGAACUACUUAGCAUGUAGGAUGUUACCCGCUCAUUGCUUACUUUAGAAAUUAAAACCAGCUUGCCUCUUGUAAGUUAAAUCAAAGAAGCUUUGCUAGGGAAAUUGCAGACAAACUUGCAGAUUAUUCAGUCCAAAGUUAUGAGCCAGAGUGGAAAAUCUGUUAACUCACCCUUUUGAAUUUCAAUGAAACAACCAACUGUAUCGACAAUUAAAUUUUUUAGUGGAUGUUCUGAUUUUUUGUCUGUUUGUAUAUACAUAAAUACACAUUUACAGUAGAUACAUAGAGAGCCACAGUCUGUGUUGCUGCUUUUUUAGAGAUAACAGCUGUCCUCCAUAUUCUGCAAUGCAGGCAUUUUUCUUUCUCUUUAUGAAUUUCCUGACUUUUUCUGGAUUUUAAAACUGGAGCUGUGUUCUCCUCCCGUAACUGAUCUAUAGGGAUUUCUUAUUAAAAGACAUGUGAUGGGCGUAAUGUAACCACAGCUGCUUGAGUUUGGUUCAGCUGAUGUUCAAAACACAUUUCCUGCUUUCCGGGAAGCCUCAGCUAUAGGCACAGUAAGCAAAGAUUUCCAGGGCGGUUAAAAGAGGUGGACUUUAGAAUCUACCACUCUCUCACUACUGCUGUUUGUGCUAUUCUGAAUGAUAACUGCUAUGAGUGGGGCUGUGCAGAGUACACAGAAGAAAUGUUUUAAGGAUAGACCUUCCCAUGGCAUCAGGAUGUCCCGGGUUUCUUGACUUCCUUGCUGAAGGAUGUAUUUUUGUUUAGUUCAAAGUAUCGCCAAUCCAGGUUUUCCAUUAGUUUCCUACACAUUUCACAGAAUGAUGCCCUGUAGCAAGUAGUUUUUUCUAGGUGGUGUUUUGUUGGGUUUUUUUAAUAAUUUAUUUUUAUCUUCUAUCUGAAAGAUGUGAAUUUCUAUCUGGAUAUCAUUUGUGACAGAUGAAGAAGAGCUGUAAAGGUUUGUGUAACCUAUUCUGUAUUUAAUUGUUUUAAAAAGUUAAAUUUAAAAAGUUGAAAAAGUUAAUUCCUCUUUUCCAUACGUAACUUUGGUUUUAGGCUUCAUAUGCUCUUAUCUGAAGGCUGUCAAUGGAAUACGUAUUGUUUUGAAACCCACUGAUGUUUUUUCCUCUGCGUAGCCUUAUUUCUCAUGCUGACUCACAGCUGUGGAAUGUUAGAUUUCUAGACCCUUUGUUCCCACUAUGCAUUGUUCAUGAUCACUUUUAAAAAGAAAAAAAGCUUCGUUCUGAAAAUGUCAGUUAACAAAUAGUAUGUAACACUUUGAAUAAUGUAUUGUGUUUUUUGUUGUGUUUUUUUCUCUGUUUAAUCAACCAAACAAUAAGUAUUGUUUUCUGUGUGUGAUAAAUGUAUCCUGCAAAGAAAUUCAUUGUUUGAUUGUUAAUGUGCUUAAAUCUGUUUUUAAAAAUAAGGUAAAAUGACUUAAUUCUUUAUUUAUGGCAGUUACUAUAUUCUCUCCUACAUUCUCAUGCACCUCUAGUAUGUAAUCUGUAUUCUCUAUCUGGGUACCAAAAAGCUUCCCGCUACCCUUCUUAGUACUUGACUGCCUCCUAAAAUUAAGAACACUGUCAAUUUGCUUUUUCUUAUCUACCAGUUUAUCACAGUAAUGGUUAGAUUUAUAAAGAAGUUCAUCCAGAGGGACAGCUGCACGCUGUUCCUGAGCAAAGCGAACUUUACUGUAAUGUGCCACGGAACACAGUGACCACCUUCUAGGAGCACAAUCCUCAGCCUUGGCUAAAGACUGGGUGUUAAAGCCAGUCCUAUGUGAGGAACUUAAAAUUCAGAUCUUUGAAUGACAUUAAGAUGAUGGCUAUGUGUCACAACCUUUGAUUUGUAUGUACAAGCCAGGGCAGAGCAGGGCAUAUAUCCUAGCCAGUUCUCAACAAGUUCCCUUAGGUAUCCAGAUGCAAUCUGGGGCUGCGCUAGCAUGGCGUCACCGGACUGUUCAGCCUUAUUUAAGGGUGAAGCUUUAUUGCUCUGUUUCUUGAGCAAACUCAUCUGGAGAUAGAGAGCCAGGUUAUUUGCACUGAGAACUAAAUUGUCCUUUGUUGCUUAUUGGACAAGCUGUUACUUUAUACAAGCAGAGCUGAUUCAGCAAGCACAGCUUUGUUCCCAGAUAAAAGAUUACUCUGAGAAAUAGGCACAAAGCACAGAUCACAGACACUCUGGGAGGAUUUCCCAGAUAGGUCUGCAUGCAAUUUUCUCAAUUCUUGCAUGAGGAGGUGGCAUUUUUUUUUUUUUUGUACUGAUGUUACAUAUUCAGACAGCAGUUCACUUUUUUUUCUUCAGAAUUUAAGCAUCUAUGGUCCUGAAGUUUUUCUGUUGACUUUGAAAAUGUUAUCUGAUUAUGUUAUUAUGUGUGUUGUGUAGUCUUGAAUAAAGCCAUUGAUGUAUUCAUGGCGUCAUGAGGAAUGAUGCCUUAAUAACUAAUGCAACAUUUA